AAGAGAGUCAGACCUGCUGCAAUUCUGCAAGCUGCAAAUAUGAAUUCUCUGUGGAUUCUGUCCUGCCUUGCCUUCAUUAGCACAGUCUAUGGCUGUGGGGUUCCUGCCAUUCCUCCAGUCAUCAGCAGCUACUCCAGGAUUGUGAACGGUGUGGAGGCAGUGCCUCAUUCCUGGCCCUGGCAAGUAUCUCUGCAGGGUGCGACUGGUUUCCACUUCUGUGGCGGCUCUCUGAUUAAUGAAUGGUGGGUUUUAUCUGCUGCCCACUGCAAUGUCCGGACUUCCCAUCAUGUGGUCCUGGGAGAGCAUAAUCAUUCUGCUGAUACUGAGGACAUCCAGGUCUUAAGAAUCGACAAGGUUUUUAAACACCCCAUGUUUAGUUCCGUCUCCCUCGGCUAUGACAUCGUUCUGAUUAAACUCGCAUCCCCUGCCCAACUCAAUGCUCACGUGUCUCCUGUGUGUGUGGCUGAGACCAGUGAUAAUUUCGCAGGUAGAAUGACGUGUGUGACCACAGGAUGGGGUCUGACCAGACAUAAUGCUCCUGGGACUUCUCCUGUUCUCCAGCAGGUGUCUCUGCCUCUACUGACCAACGAUGAGUGCAAGCGUUACUGGGGUGCUAUGAUUACUAAAACGAUGAUUUGCGCUGGAGCAUCUGGCAUCUCCCCCUGCAUGGGUGACUCUGGUGGCCCUCUGGUGUGUAAAACGUCUGGAGCCUGGACCCUGGUUGGUAUUGUCUCCUGGGGCAGCAGUAGAUGUAGCACCUCCACACCUGGAGUCUAUGCCCUUGUUACUGAGCUCCAUUCCUGGAUAAACCAGACCAUCACUGCUAAUAAAGUGCUACUUUGAGUAAAAUACAUGCAUUGUGUUUAUGGUGCUAUAAUAAAUGAUGUCAAUCAUUUACUGACCUCAUUUAUUAUAUAAAUGCACCAUAUCACUGUAUAUUACUUUCACUUUACAAACCUUACACGUUUUUGUUUCUCCUAUUUUGUAAUAUACUUCAUUAAUAUAUGAAGGUGAGUCAAAUGAAAACCUUAAAAGUGUGACAUAAAUUAGAAUUGAACUUAACCUUUUCUGGAGGAAUCCACACACUUGUUAGGUAGUGUUGACUUUAAAGCAAAUCAGAGGUCUAUGUUAAUUCCCUCAUUCUAAUAAAGUUAUCAUUUCUAUAGUAAUGGAUCAUUCACUGCGACUUAUAGCUGACUCUCAACAUCAUAUAAGUCUAAUAAUACACUAUAUGGCUAAAAGUUUGUGAACACCUGACCAUCACACCCAUGUGUGUCUUCCUCAUACUGUUUCAACAAAGUAGGCAAAAAUAAAUAAAAUAAAAUAAAAAAAAGCUUGUAAUGCGAGCAUAAGGUCUAUAAAAAUAUAGCAAAUAUCUCUUACUGGAAUGUGCACAAUAAUUGUGCUAUUCACACUGUGCAAAAUUGUAUAGCCUUAAACUUUUUACUUAAUCAAACACUAAUUAUUAGAUUAUAAUAGUUUUUUUUUAUAUUAUAUUAGCUUCUUGACAAACUUGAAUAGAGAAGAGAAAAUAUACAGGCCUUAAAUUGUAACAUUCCAGGAUAAUCAGCAUGAAAGAAUCCUCAUGAGACACCUUUGUACGAUUAUAUGACUUUGCAUAUAGAGAAUGAUCUAAUAUGUAAAAGUGCAUAGAAAGUGAGGAAAAAGUGGCUCAAGAGACAAAAGUUCAUAUAUUUCUACACAUGUACAGAGAUUACAGCGACACCUUUGUAAUACACAUUGUGUGGGAAAUGUACAGAUGGUUGCUUGGAAACACAAAUAUGCAAAACGCAAACUCAUUUGGUAACAUGUUAUUUAAAUAGUCCAAAGUAGACACACUGCAAACUACCUAUAGACUGUCAAAGCAACCUAACUUCUGAUUCUCAACCACAUGACAACUGGCAUUUAUUAUUUAUUAUUUUCCAACAUGUUAUAAUGUCCACAUGAAUGGAAUUGAAAUUGUUGAUAGUCAGUGUAUGAGCUACUAUAUAUAGAGCUAUAACCUG